GGCUCUGCGCGCUGCGCUCCCCGCGGGGUGCCAUGGCCUCGCGGCUCCUGCACCGGCUGCGCCACGUCCUGGCGGGCGACGGCCCCGGGGAGGCGGCGGCGGGGACAGCGGCGGCGGCGGCGAGCCCCGAGGCCGAGCAGUUCCCGGAGAGCUCGGAGCUGGAGGACGACGAUGCCGAGGGCCUGUCCUCCCGGCUCAGCGGCACCCUGAGCUUCACCAGCGCCGAGGACGACGACGACGAGGAUGACGGGGACGACGACGACGAGGCCGGCCUCGAACCGCCGCCCACGGGGGACGGGACGUCGGGAGAAGACGCAGACCACAACCCCCUGUCCGAGGGCCAGCGGGGCAGUCAACUCCUGGCCCGCCAGUGGCAAGAUUUCUGGAAGAAGUCCCGCAACACCCUGGUACCCCAGAGGCUCCUCUUCGAGGUGACGAGUGCCAACGUGGUUAAGGACCCACCCUCCAAGUACGUGCUCUACACCCUCGUCGUGAUGGGGCCCGGCCCCCAAGACAUGCAGCCAGCGCAGAUCUCUCGCCGCUACUCGGACUUUGAGCGCUUGCAUCGAGACCUGCAGCGCCAGUUCCGGGGUCCCAUGGCUGCUCUCUCCUUCCCCCGGAAGCGCCUGCGUCGGAAUUUUACUGCCGAGACCAUCGCCCGCCGCAGCCGGGCCUUUGAGCAGUUUCUGGGCCACCUCCAGUCAGUGCCGGAGCUGCGCCAGGCCCCAGCCCUGCACAACUUCUUUGUUCUGCCUGAGCUGCGGCAGGCCCAGGGCCUCACCUGCACUGGCCUCUACCGUGAGGCGCUGGCACUCUGGGCCAAUGCCUGGCAACUGCAGGGCCAGCUGGGUACUUCUUCGGGUCCAGACCAUCCUCUGCUGACUCUGGCCGGGCUGGCUGUGUGCCACCAGGAGCUGGAGGACCCGGGGGAGGCCCGGGCAUGCUGCAAGAGGGCCUUGGAACUGCUGGGAGACUCAGAUCCCCCUCACCCUUUCCUGGCGCCCUUUCUGGAAGCCCACGUCCGCCUUUCCUGGCGCUUGGGCCUAGACAAACGCCAAUCAGAGGCCCGACUCCAGGCACUGCAGGAGGCAGGCCUGACCUCCACACCACCGCCCAGUCUCAAAGAACUGCUCAUCAAGGAGGUACUGGACUAGCUGGUCUGAACGUCAAAGGCUGCACCCAGAUUGGGGGCUGGGAGGAGAGGAGAUGCACUGCAGGUGAGAAUCUGGAGGGGGUGCUGGGAAUCCCCGGAAGUUCCACAAAGAUUCUGCAGUGGACUAAAGAAUCUGCUGCUUUGGUUGAGCCGGGCUCAGGACAGGGCGGGAUGGUGCAGGAAUAAAGCAGGAUGGAUGGAUUGAUGGUCAUUCAGGUUGGUCAGCAGUGGGGACCAUGCCCACCCAGGUCAGUGCCCACUGAACCCUACCCGGGGGCUUCUGAAGCCACUAGAUUGAAGAGCCAGGAUCUCUGCCUCUAGGAUCCCCCCGAGUUCUGGCCCUGGAGAAUUAAAGGCCAGCAGCUCUA